AUGCAUAUACAGACGUCGCCAGCUUUGCGGUUGAGGUGCGAUGAUCGGAGGGAAAUUGGAUCCCGACGGCGCCCAAGUGUCGAGGUGUUUAUGAGUGCCCGGACUUGGUCAAUGUGGUCGCCAAUGCUGAAUAUUAAGUCCUUGGAUGGAAUGCCUGUAUCCCGCGCUCAGACGAUCCAGUGCAGUGCAGCGAGCACGCAGAUGAGAUACCAGCAGUUCGGCACGGUCGGGAUGAUUGCACCUGGGCCGCGAGCGAGAGAGCAAAACGAGCGUGGUGGCAGUGGCAGCAGCAGCAGCGCAGCCUUUGAAGGAACGACGAAACGUGACAGACAAUGCACCCACGGUUGGGUAGCCAAACGCGGGGUUGAUGAAGCCUCUGCUGUCAGGCCUCUGAAUCGCCAAACCGUGUCGAGACGGGACAAGGAAGCACUGCCGAGCGCAGCGCCAGGCCCUUGCUCGCGAAUAGAAUUCGGAAACGCAAGGCAUUAUGAGAUUAUGGGCGGGGCUGGAGGUGUCACAGCCCGGUCGGCUUUGAUCAGAUCCAAGUAUAUCAACCCACAAAGUAAAUUCGAGGUAGCUCUAGCACACCCUUGCCCUGAAACCACCGAAAUUAGUGUACAAAUCGGGGUUGAUAUACUUACACCUGCUUUGAUCGAGGGUAAAACGUCAGUGACAGCGCCACUCGACGAUGCCCCCGUACUUGAUUAUGGUGUGCGACAGACGGCCCACGCAGAGGCGAGGUCAGGCGUGGUCUUCACACCAUUCUCACGGCAUGUCAGCGGGCUAUUCUUGUGGGAGCCGCGAAAAGGAGGCGUCUCCGUACAGCGCGCCCAGUCAGUACUCAGUCGUCGUGACCUGGCUCCGUGCUCCCCUAGGCGCAGAGGCAAAGCAGAGGCACGCCCACGCAACGCACAGCGCCCGCCAACGCGCACAAGAUCGCCGUCGCCGUUUGUGGCAGGCCAACCUUCAAGAAUCAGGUAG